AUCUCCUUCUCUUCAUACUUAAUCCAUAAAAUACAGACACCAAUUUUUUUCUUUAUUUUUUUGGAUCUGUUGAUAUUGUGAUAGAAAAUGGCAACACCCUACCUUAGUACCAAGACCGAAGUCCUCGCGUCUCAACAGCCGGUUGAGCCCUCCCAAGCACGAGCAGCGCAGAUCCCACUGCAGAACUUCAAUCUCCCUACUUUUCCGCCUGAAGCCUUUUCCGCGGGUCUAGAAUCCCUAAUCCUCACCUCGGACAUAAAACUCGACGAAUACACCACUCUCCUCACGCAACCCUUCUCCAUCCCUGACCUGCCUUCCACCAUCACAAGCCUCACACUUGAACUCUUCAGCCUAGGCUACCCACCUAGCUUCCUCUCAGAGCUGGGAAAGAGAUUACCGGGCUUGAAAGCCUUGACGCUGUAUUCUCAACUCUUCGCCGGCACGACGAGGGAUAGUCAUGAGGAUGCCGUGACCUUUAUCAGGCAACAGAAAUCGUUGAGAGAGGUCCAUUUCCUCGACGUCUUCGCCCCGCACGAUGUCUUCUCCUCCUUGCUCUCCGCCCUUGGCCAGGAAGUCAAGUUCGUGGAGAUCAGCUAUACGUUCAGACACUCGGACGCGGGGUUCUUGAGAAGCGUUCCGGGGAAGGAUAUUUUGGCCGGGUUGAAAGGGGGAUUGGUCGGGUUCACGGCUUGUGUUACGAGUCCCGAGGUUACGGAGGAUGAGGAGGAUAGGGAGGGUACUGAGCAAGGCAUGCGGCCGAUUUCGGGUGAGGGUGAGGGCGAGGUGUUGGUACGGAGGUUGAAGGAGGUAGGGGAGGGUUUGGUGAUGGUGGAUGUUACGAUGUUUGAAGUUAGUGUCCCCGAAGUACAAUCGAUUUUGGAGAGUUGCAAAAGCGUUAGGGUUUUGAGUUUAAGUGUGGGAUUAGAGAAUGGUUGGGGGGAAGUGUUGAACGUCAUCGGGAAAGAGGGGAAGGGGGUCGGGAUUGAAGAGCUGGAGAUUGUAGGUGUGCCUAGGAUAGAACUGGUAGAGCGGUUGAAGGGAAGUGGAGGGUUGGUUAUUGAGGAAGGGGAGCUGGGUGCACUUGGGGAGAGGUGCAAGGGGCUGAAGAGUUUGAAAGUUAGUGUUUUGAGGACAGGGCUGGAGUGGUGGGUUAGGAACGGGGAGCAGUGGGUGAAGAAGACUUGAACUUGUCAAAGGAAGUGUUGGGUAGGAUAUCAAAUUUGAAAAAGCGAGUCUUUAAGAAGAGUUCGCCACCUAGUGAUGAAAGGUGCAUGUGAUUUCGUGGCGGUUGGGGUCGAUUUGCUUGGGUAUCCUUCGACAAGCCAAGGCCAGCACUCGUACCAUUUUCCACAUUGAAGCGAAGGUCAGCAGCUCACGAUAAGUGUAUCUAACUAUGGAAAUACAUCCUUUCGAACGAC